UCUCCCGUCGUCUGUCUUACUGUACAGAAAGCAAAUCAUCGAUUUCCAUGCCCCAUUCCUGACUCAUCUAUGUGAUCCUUGGAUUUUCACGAGAACCUUUCGUGAUUAGCCGCGCCUGUUUGCUUCUUCCGGUUUUCAGCUGGGUUCUGACGAACCUCGGAGUAUUGGCACUCCGUAUCGAACACCGGUCGAUGUCCGAGGGCAUGCCCUCCCCGUCUGCGGGUUUGGCAUCUGGGAGAUACGUGCCCUACACGGCACGGGAGAAGAAUGCACAUCCUCGGUUCUAUUCCUCGACCUGUCACCGGUGCUUUGAGGAGCGCAGACUCAGCUCUCCCAUGAGCCAGUCGGUCGGGGCACUACAUAGAUGGUAUUGCCACGGAUCUCAGUCGGGCUUAACCCAGGCCUUCGUGGCAGCCACGAGUGGGAGAAUCCGUAUGCACAUACGCCCGCUGUCCCGUAUACGUAUACAGUUACCCGUGUUGUGUAGUCUGACAGUUCAGCAUAUGCGCGAUGGUCGUCGGGGGCGAGCAGUUGCCUGUCCCGAACCUCUGUGCCAGAUGGAAUGCUCGAUCCCUGCUGCUCAUCCAAGCAAAAGAAGCGCAAAGGAUGCUUUCUCGCAUGGUCCAUUGGCUUGGCUGGUCUCUCAGGGCAAAAUGGCAACCGAUCAUGCUAGUUUAUGCCAUGCAAUGCAGGUGAUACUAGGAUGGCUGGGCUUGCGGCAGCGGUGGAUGUAUAGACUGCUCGCAACUCUUACCGUGGGCUCAGUCACUCGGUAUUCGAUGUUUGUCGGGGUGUCAUGAUGAUGAUGAUGAUGAUGAUGAUGAUGGUGGUGGUGGUGAUGUUGAUCAGAAUCAUGAGACCAGUGCUCUGUACACCCGAGAGGUUCACUUCGGAUGGCGGAAGCUAUAGCACGAUGAUUCCAUGAUCAUAAUAAGGACGAGGGAU